AUGGCUCAAAGCAAGGAAUUAAAAGGUAGAAGUAGAAAGGAUUACCCUUUUAUGCUUGAAUAUCGAACACGAUGGAGCGAUAACGACAUGUACGAUCAUAUGAACAAUUCGGUCUAUAACUUUCUCUUUGAUUCUGUGAUAAAUUCUUACUUAAUUGACCAUUGUACUCUCCAUCCACCAACCUCAGCACAGCACCCCUUAAUGGCUCAAACGCAUUGCAAUUACUUCUCCCCUAUAUCAUACCCCAAGGUCGCCGAACUCUGCCUUCGGGUAAAUAAACUAGGGAAAUCUAGUGUUGUCUAUGAGAUUGCACUAUUCGAGAAGGGCGUUGAGCAAGUCAAAGCAGUGGGCGAAUACGUUCAAGUCUUCGUAGACCGCUCAACACAACGACCAAAUGCCAACGGUAUGGAUUCUAAACUACGACAGGGACUCGAGAAGCUACAUGUAGGACCUAGUUCCAGCAAAUUGUAA